CCAGCCAGCAUAUCGAUAUCUGUUUGUACGUACGUACGUGCGUGUGUGUUGUGAGUUUCAUUCUGUCGUUCCCCCCUCUCUUCUCUCACUCUCCCUCGCUUCCUUCCCCCCUCGUUCUGUCUGUGUUCUUUUCUGCCCUUUUCUCCCGUUCGCUCCUCCCUUCCCUUCCUCUUCGCUUAUGCUGUCUUACCAGCAGUGGUUGUUGUCGGUAUAGGAAGCAAGCGAGCCAAGAUGGUAGCUUUGCUGUCUGCAUUAACUGAUGAUGACUAGAUCAUGCGAUCUAGGUACGAUUUUUUCCGCUGCGGAUUUUGUUAAACUUCGGGCGUAGACACUGCUCUCCAUCUUGCUUUUCAUACGUGGCUCGAUGUGCUAGAUUUUUUUUAUUUAUUCGUUUGUUUAUUUAUUUUGUCUCCCGGUUUUAAUUUAUUCGCACCGUGAAUGGAUGCAGUGCAUUUUUAUUCGACUGCGAUUCGUUGUGACGUAAAGUCGUCUGUAAAAACAAUUGUUUUGCAAAACACGAUUGCCAUUUUUCUGUGAUGUUUCUCAUACGUACUUUGCUGGAAAUAAGGAAUGAGAUUCCAAAAAUAUGUUAAGGUGCAACAGUACAAGUGGGAAACUAAAGCGAUGGAUAAUAUCCAUACAUUGGACCCACGAAAACAAGAACUCCUAGAAGCGAGAUUCAUUGGGAACAGAGGUCUAGUCAAUUUCAAUAUUCAUGCUCAGCAGCUGCCUCUUCAGCUCCAGCAACAAAUAGUGCAACAAAAUUCCCCUAUGAUGACACUUCCAGGAAAUUUGCCACUGCCAGCUCAAUCUACGAACUUAGGAAUCAACCAUGCUUCCUCAGGGACCAGCAGUAAUAGUAACAUUAACCAGAAUCCGGAUUCAAAUCUCAGUGCAGCUAGCUAUGGAUCUCAGCCUAGUGACAAAGAAUUAGAUACCCCUGAAAAACACCAACAUAGGACUACAACAGAAAGAAAAAGGAAAAGGAAAGAUGAUGGGUCAAAAUCUGCACGUGAAAAUGCUAAGAAAAUAAAUGAAUAUUUUAAGGGUCACAGUCCUAGUCGAUAUGCAGGCUCUAAGUCUCCUACACCACAAAGCUAUAUGUAUGCUACUGUACAGCAAAGCAUAGGUUCACCAUCAAAUACUUCCAUUCCUACUGGUUUAGAUUAUGCCAAUUUAAUGGCUCCUCCUCCUUUGUGUCCGUCUCAUGCUGUUUAUCGGUCAGUGCAAACUGAUCUUACUAUUAACAAAAUCAAAGAGCUUGAAAACAAGUCAGCUUUAGACUUGGAAAUGAGAGAUAAUAGAAUAGAAGAACUUCAAAGGGCAAAUGAGGAACUAAAGAGGCAGCUUUCAGCUUUACAAAAAGCCAAUGAAAAAGCCAAAGAGCAACUACAAAGGUGCCACGAUGUCACUAAGCAGUUACUUAUUGAAAAGUCACUAAUGGAGAAAAAGGCCUGUCGACAAAAAUGUAUGCAAAAUAGAUUGAGACUUGGUCAGUUUAUUACACAACGACAAGGAGCAUCCUUUGCUGAAAACUGGGUGGAUGGAUUUGCUUUCACGGAAUUAAUAAAGAAACAGGAACAAAUAGCAUUAGAAAGAGAAGAUAUAGAAAAACAACGUAAAUUAUUAGGCAAGAAGAAACCAAAUGCAAGUCAACCAAGAGGUCGGGCGAAUAUGAACUUAGCAAAUGGAGAUUUUGUUCGACCUGAUCCUCCUAAAGAUCUCCUCAGCUGGUCUGAGUUUUUUGAACAAGAAGAAAUUUUCAAACUGAGGCAAGUUUCUCUAAAGAAGGAAGACACUGAUUUACAGCUAGAAUUAGAAAAAUUAGAGAGGGAAAGAAAUCUUCAUAUUCGUGAAUUGAAAAGGAUACACAAUGAAGAUCAGUCUAGGUUUUUGGCUACUUUGAAAACUGUUCCUUCAUCUUCUGCUCACAAUUCCUGGUUUAAUAAUCAUCCUGUUCUCCAUGAAAGGUAUCUCUUACUAACACUACUGGGUAAAGGAGGAUUUAGUGAAGUACAUAAAGCUUUUGACUUGAAAGAGCAAAGAUAUGUUGCAUGCAAAGUUCACCAGCUAAAUAAGGACUGGAAGGACGAUAAAAAAGCUAAUUAUAUCAAACAUGCCCUUAGAGAGUACAACAUUCACAAAUCCUUGGACCAUCCCCGUGUUGUAAGACUGUAUGAUGUAUUCGAAAUAGAUGCCAAUUCGUUUUGUACAGUUUUAGAAUACUGUGAUGGUCAUGAUUUAGAUUUCUACCUCAAGCAACAUAAAAAUAUCCCGGAAAGAGAAGCUCGAUGUAUCAUCAUGCAAGUUGUACAUGCUCUUAAGUACCUGAAUGAAAUUAAACCACCUAUUAUACAUUAUGAUCUCAAGCCAGGAAAUAUUCUAUUAGGAAGUGGUGAAAUCAAAAUUACCGACUUUGGUCUAAGUAAAAUUAUGGAUGAUGAAAAUUAUAGUCCUGAACUUGGAAUGGAUCUUACUUCUCAAGGUGCUGGAACAUAUUGGUAUCUUCCUCCUGAGUGCUUUGUAGUAGGCAAAUCUCCUCCCAAAAUAUCAUCAAAAGUUGAUGUGUGGAGUGUAGGUGUUAUAUUUUAUCAGUGCCUCUAUGGGAAAAAGCCAUUUGGACACAACCAGUCUCAAGCUACAAUAUUAGAAGAAAAUACUAUUUUAAAAGCUACAGAAGUUGAAUUUCCAGCCAAACCUGCUGUUAGCAGCGAGGCAAAGAACUUUAUUCGGAGGUGCCUACAAUAUAGAAAAGAAGAUCGAAUAGACGUUAUCUCACUGUCUGCUGAAGAUUAUCUAAAACCUAACUAUUCCAAACACAGUCGACAGUCGAGUGCCUCAUUGGAUAAAACAUAGCCUUGUCAUGUAGUUACUAAAUUUAUCUUUGGAAUGUACAUAAUCCUCUGCUGCAUGUGGUUUGCCCAUGAAGACCACACCAGGGGCAUUACAGCUCAAGGUUGUUUGCUGCAAUCUCCACUGCUGAGAAACUGUUUAGCUGCAGUCCUCCUGCACACAACCUCGUGCUGCUACAUAGCUUCAUUCCUUGUUCCUAAAUCACUCGGGAGAUCUGCCAAGGAAGCUUUGAUGAGAAAUAAAAAAGAUGUUGCUGUGAUAGGGUAGUGUGGAUGAAUGACUCAAACACAUCCACACGCAUGCAUUAUUUAUAAUUAUAUAUAUAUAAAUAAAUAAAUAUAAAUGAAUAUCUGUAUAAAAAAACAAAUGUGGACUCAUAAAACCGCAUGACCUUAUACGACUACAGCUGCAGCAUUUUGACUUGUGAUUGGACUUGAUUUGUUAUUUCACUGUCAGGAAUUAGCUCUGACUGACAGUGCUGUUGUAAGUAGCAUGUACUCUAAAUGAAACUAAAGUGUGUAACUGAUGUAUGAAUGUGUGUUGCUAUUUGCAAAAGUUUGAGAGUAUGAAUUUUUGAACUAGUGUUUAUAUAUUUACACUUUGAUGAAAGCUUAAUUAUUCCAUGCUUCCAAAAGUAGUUACUUUAUGGGGCUUUCUACUACUUCCUCCUUGCAAUGCUGUCAUUGUACAGUUAAGGUCAUGAGGUUAAAGAGAAAAAAUCUGUAAAUUUAAGGACAAUUGCGAGUUGUAAUGUUCAAGUUAUUGCAUUGAGGAUUAGAUUAUGGACUCUGGAGUACAAUUUAAAUUUGUCUAUCUAUCUAGUGAAUUAAUUUUUAGACAUGUUUUUAAUUGCUAAUUUUUGCCUUUUAGUAAAAUCUGAAUAAAGCUCGAAUUGAACACUGAAUUUCUGAAUUAUUAUCAGAUAUCACUAAAAUUCAUAUGUACUAUUAUAUUCAGGAGUAUAUCAAUUGUUAAAUAACUAGUCAAGUAGUAUUUUUUAAAAAUCGGUGUACUUCUGUGCUUUUAGAUGAUAACAAUUCAAAUGGAUUUUAUUUUCCCUAAUCAGUCUUUACUUUUUAGAUGUACCCACAUUAACAUUUAAGUCUAAAAUAUUUUAGCUAUUCAAAUUUAAUUUAUCAUGAAUUUUAACUUAGAUCUAUUUAUAACAUCUGCAUGUUAUGUGAAUAGUUAAUGAUAUAUAAUUUAACAAAUUUUUAGAUACAUAUGAAGCAUUUGCCAGCAUUAUUUUUGAAGAAUUCAUAAUCAGCAAUAAGUAAAAGUUUUUCAGAGCUCAUUAGAAAAAGUAUGAAUCAUCUAUUCAUACUCUUUUCUAUAAAAAAAUUAAUUUAUUCUAUUAUUUAUCUUAGAUUUCUAUAGGUAUAUAAAUAUUGGUAGUCUAAUAUUAUAGUUAUUAGAAGUUUUAUAAAAUAAUAUAUCCAUAAGAACAUCCCAGAUGCCCCUAGCAUCUUUGGUUUAAUUCAAAAUUUCUUUUCACAAUAUUUUUACAGAUAUUUUUAAUGUAUAUUUUACAAUUUGUAAAUGCAUAUUAAACUUUUUUUUUAUUUUAUCAAUAUUAUUUUUAUUAUUAUUCAUGUUUUUCUUAGGGAAAGAGAGUUGUAAAAACAUAUUUCCCAACAUAGUUUUUAUAUUCAUUGGUUUCAUAUCCACCCCCACCCACCUAUGAACUCUUGAACUGUUACCUGGUAACAACUUUCAUUUUAGUUAUGGACAUUAUUUUUUCUGAGCAGACUUAUUUAUAUUGUACUCCAAAGUAAGUUGAAAGUUAAUCGUGAAAUUUUAAAUGAUUAUUAAGGGAAAAUUAUUUCAUACUAAUUAUUUAUUAGGGCAAAGAUAUGUUUUUAAAACUUGCACUUAUUUUAAUAAAUUAUUUUUUUCAGAGUUUAAUAAUUUCUCAUGUAGUGAUUCUUAUUAAAAUUCUGAGUAUGGAGGAAAUUAAUUUUCAUGAGCAGCGAUUGUUUAUUUUUGAUUUCUUUACUCUGAUUUAUUAAUUCAUCUUAUAAUGAAAAUACUUAUCUAGCUAGCACUAGUAAAUUUUCUUGAUUCAGUUAAAAAUUUUGAAUAUAUUUUCUAUGCAGUCAAUGAUUUUCUAUACCUACUUUAUACAGUUGUGUUUGGAUUUUUUCAACAAUAAUAGUCAAUUUCUAUUAAUUAGUGGUCAUCAUAAUUGUUUCCUGUGAUUUUAAAUGAAAUUUUUGAUAGUGAUAUUUGUUAAUUUUGCUUGAUUUCAAAUUUCAUAUGAAUGAAUUAAGUCAGUUAUAACUGUCUUUUCAUACUCACUAAUGUUUAAGUUAUUUUGUAAUUGUUUAUUUUGUCAUGUUUUAUGUCUUUCUGUUCAACAAUGUACAAAGUUUCUUUUUUUUUGUGAUUUUUUUUAUAAGUUUGCUUGUAAUGAAAAUUUUUGUUGUGAUUAAAUUAAUAUAGUGUUUAUGAAAUCUCAUUUUGAUUAUGAGUGUCUUCCAAAUUUAUAAAACAACUAUAUCUUAACUAAUUAAUGCUCCUAAAUUUUUAUCUUUAAAUAAUAUAUAAUCUGUGACCAGAAAUAUAUAUUAUCUGGAUUAGUCAAAGUUUGCAAAUUUUAGGGGGAAAUGCUUUGGAUUAUUUGAAAAGUUAUAUUCUCAAAUAAGCACGUUGUAAUUAAAAUGUGAUGUUGUAAGAAAAAAAAAUAGUAGAAAGUAGAAAUGUUUGUUGAAGUUAAUUGUUAUAUGUUUUUCUCAAAUUAAAUACCCAAGCCAAAAGCUCAAUGAGGCAUUCCCAUGAUUGUUAAAAUGAGUAAAAAUCAAAUUUGAAACUUAAUUCCUGUAAUAAAAUGUACAAUAUUAUUACUUACACUUAUUGAAAGUAGUUUUAUAUAACCUUUGUUGUAAUUUUGAUAUAAUUUCAUGGAAUAAGUUAGUGCUCUGUUAAUCUUUUCAAAAUAUCUUAUCAAUUCAUUUGAAGCAAAGUAUAAAUGUCUUAGUACUUCAUCUAUUGCUCAGUGAAUACUUUUUUAUUUUGUAGAUUUAAUAAGAUCGAAUGAUUUAUAGUCGAUUGAUAUGAUCAGAAUUCGCCCAGUUUCUACUACUUUUUAAAAUUUUAAAAAUAUAACCAUCCAAAAUUAUUUUCCCAUUUUUAAUAAGUUGAUUAUGAUUGUAAUUUUUGAUUUUUAAUUAAGUGGAAAGAUUAAUACCAAAUGUGUCUAAAUGAAUUUUUGAAUCAUCUUACAAUCAUUUUAUUUCUUCAUAUUUUUUUUAAUUUGGAUUUAGGCUUUAAAUGGUCCUCCACAGUUAUAAAGCAAUGUAAAUAAUGCAACAUUUCAAUAAUUUGAAGUUCUUAAAAAUUCCAAUUUGAAGAUAUUUUUAUCAUAUGGUUGUACAAUAUUCUUUAUUCGUGGGAGAAGAAUAGAAAGGGAAAAAAAAAAGUUUUGAAGUGUCAAAUUAAACUACCUCAGGGAAUUGUGUUUGCUUACUUUUGAUCUGUUUUAUCUUCAGAACAGUGUAAAAGCCAAGCUAUAUAUUAUUUGUUUCAAACAUUAUUGGAUGUAUACUGACUGAAUGCAAGUAAGAAUGCGCUGUCUUCAUCAUAAUUUAUUUUGUUGCAUUGUGUAAUGAGUUUUUCUGAAGUUGGUAUUAAAAGUUUCAUUUUCUCCAUCAAAUAUGGAUAAUAUAAAUUUGCAGGAAAAAAAAAAGAAAGCUCAAAUAGUAAAUAUAAUUGAAAUAUAUCUGUGCAAACUUUUAUUCAUAUUUCAUUUCAUUCCUGUAUGAUUAUUAAUAUCUGCUGUGUGUACAUCAUAUGCACAGGAGUUGCAGCUGAUCGCUAUUUUGCUUGGAGGCACCAAUAUUUUGUUCACACUUUGUUUUUGUGAAACUUCCUGUCUUCUCAUGUAAGUUGAACUCUUCCUUGUAAAUAAGCAUAACAAAGCUUGUAUAUAUGUAAGCUUAUCAAAAUUGAGAAGUGAUUAAAAAAAAGAAGAAAAAAUGAGUUGUUGAGUUCAAGUUAUGCCAUGUGAUUUCAGGUGCAUGAACUUAGCUGACAACAGUGAAUAAAAAGGAUGUGUAGAAAUUUUGCGCAAACUGUA